AUGUCGAACAGCAUCAAGGUGGUGGCGCGCUUUCGGCCGCAGAACCGCGUCGAGCUGGAGGCCCAGGGACAGCCCAUUGUCGAAUUCGAGACCGAGGAUACAUGUCGGCUGGACAGCAAGGAGGCCUCCGGGUCGUUUACCUUCGACCGCGUGUUUGACAUGAACUCGCGCCAGAAGGACGUCUUCGAUUUCUCCAUCAAGCCCACCGUCGACGACAUCCUCAACGGCUACAAUGGCACCGUGUUCGCUUACGGCCAGACGGGUGCGGGAAAGUCGUACACCAUGAUGGGUACGGAUAUGGACGAUCCUGAAGGCCGCGGAGUCAUUCCCAGAAUCGUGGAGCAGAUCUUUCAGAGUAUCUUGUCGAGUCCCGGGACCAUUGAAUACACGGUCCGGGUCAGCUAUAUGGAAAUCUAUAUGGAGCGCAUUAGGGAUCUGCUGGCGCCGCACAAUGAUAAUCUGCCGGUGCACGAGGAGAAGGCCAGGGGAGUGUACGUGAAGGGGCUGCUAGAGAUAUACGUCUCCAACGUCCAGGAAGUCUACGAGGUCAUGCGGAGGGGAGGGAACUCGAGAUCAGUCGCGGCCACAAACAUGAAUGCUGAAUCCUCGCGGUCACAUUCCAUCUUUGUUAUCACGAUCACGCAGAAGAAUGUAGAGACUGGCUCGGCCAAGAGCGGACAGCUUUUCCUGGUCGAUUUGGCGGGUUCCGAGAAGGUUGGCAAGACUGGUGCUAGCGGACAGACCCUGGAGGAAGCGAAGAAGAUCAACAAGAGUUUGAGUGCUCUGGGUAUGGUCAUCAACAACCUGACGGACGGCAAAUCGUCUCAUAUCCCCUACCGAGACUCGAAACUCACCCGUAUCCUGCAAGAGAGUUUGGGAGGAAACAGUAGGACAACUCUGAUCAUCAACUGCUCGCCCAGCAGUUACAACGAUGCGGAAACGCUCAGCACGCUGAAGUUUGGUAUGCGAGCCAAGGCGAUCAAGAACAAGGCCAAGAUCAAUGCAGAGAUAAGUCCGGCGGAACUGAAGGCUUUGCUAAAGAAGGCACAGUUCCAGGUGACAACAUUCGAGUCGUAUGUGCAUACCUUGGACCAGGAAGUGCAACAAUGGCGAGCGGGAGAGGCGGUACCAAAGGAGAAGUGGGCACCUCCUCUGGAAGGAGUAGGGAUUGCAAAGACAAAGCAACAACCUCCGAGGCCGUCGACACCUUCACGACUUGCGGCAGAGUCCCGAGCAGAGACGCCUGCUAUUUCAGAACGUUCCGCCACGCCUAGCUUACCUCUAGACAAGGAUGAACGGGAGGAAUUCUUGAGACGGGAGAAUGAGCUUCAGGACCAGAUUGCCGAGAAGGAAUCUCAGAUUGCAGCCGUGGAGAAGACGUUGCGGGAUACGAAGGAGGAACUCGCUUAUCUCAAGGAGCGAGAUAGCAAAGGAAACCGAGAGAACGAGAAGCUGACUAGUGAGGUCAACGAGUUUAAGAUGCAGAUGGAGCGGUUAUCUUUCGAGAGCAAGGAGGCUCAAAUCACGAUGGAUGGCCUCAAAGAAGCUAACGCAGAGCUUACAGCCGAACUUGAUGAGGUAAAGCAACAACUUCUGGAUGUCAAGAUGUCCGCACAGGAAACGAGUGCUGUUUUGGACGAGAAAGAGAAGAAGAAGGCAGAGAAGAUGGCAAAGAUGAUGGCUGGCUUUGACCUUGGUGGUGAUGUCUUUAGCGAUAAUGAGCAAAGUAUCAAGAAGGUCAUUGAGCAGGUUGAAUCGCUUCAUGGGCAGUCCGUGGCUGGCGAAGCUAUCGCCCCAGAUGAAUUGGCAUCGAUAAAGGCAGCUUUGAUCGAAACUCAGGGCAUCGUUCGACAAGCCGAGUUGUCACUUUACGGCACAGCAUCAGACGACAACAAUGCUAAGCGAAGGGAGGAGCUGGAGCAGCGUCUCGAAGCUGUGGAGCGUGAUUACGAGGGUCUCCUCGAGCGCAACCUUAGUGAAGCAGAUGUCGAGGAUGUCAAGCAAAAACUUGCGCAGGCCUAUUCCACAAAGCAGGAUGUGCAAACUUCUCUUGUUGAGGACUUGAAAGCAGACCUCGCCCAGAAGUCAGCUGAGAUUCAAAAAUACAAGACCGUGAAUGAGGACCUGCAACGCAAGGUUAAAGCAGGUGGUGUGCCCAACGGCGCUGGGGCUAUGGCCAACGGCAAGACCGUGCAGCAGCAGAUCGCUGAGUUCGAUGUCAUGAAAAAGAGUCUGAUGCGCGAUCUCCAGAACCGUUGCGAGCGUGUCGUCGAGCUGGAAAUCUCACUUGACGAGACGAGAGAACAAUAUAACAACGUGCUACGCUCAUCUAACAACCGCGCUCAGCAGAAGAAGAUGGCGUUCUUGGAAAGGAAUCUGGAGCAAUUGACGCACGUGCAACGCCAGCUGGUCGAGCAAAACGGCAGUCUGAAGAAGGAGGUCGCGAUUGCAGAGAGGAAGUUGAUUGCGAGGAAUGAGCGGAUUCAGAGCUUAGAAAGCCUAUUGCAGGACUCGCAGGAGAAGCUGACGGCGGCUAAUCAUCGCUUCGAAGCCCAGCUUACAGCCGUAAAAGAGCGCCUCGAAGCCGCCAAAUCGGGCUCAACCCGCGGCCUCGCGUCCCCCUCGAACGGAGGCUUCAGUUUCGGCGGCUCGCGCAUCGCUAAGCCCCUCAGGGGCGGCGCCGAGAAUGCCGGUGUAGUGGCCGGCAACCCGACAAUCUCGGGACUGCAGAGUGAGGCCAGUGGGAACGCGGCGGGGAAGAGGACGAGUUGGUUCUUCUCGGGGCAGAAGUAG